AUGACUUCCGAUAGAAUGAAAAAGGUCCGAUUCAACCUUCAAAGCAGUCAAAACGAGGGUUUUGAGGCUGAAGAACGGUCUCUUGCACUUGUGGAACAAGCAGAGCUUUCGAAACAUACCGAUAGCGACGAUUGUUGGAUCGCUAUACAUGGGAAAAUAUAUAAUGUCAGUGGGUAUCUCAAAAAGCAUCCAGGAGGAGCCCAAGUGAUACUGAAACUGGCUGGUAAGGACGCCACGGUGCAGUUUGACGAAGUGGGACACUCGCUGGAGUCGUUGAUGUUUGAUUUGGGGCCCAAAGCGUGUGUGGGCGCGUUAAUUCCGGCUUUGAAAUCCUCCAACCCUCAUGCGUCGGACCAGAGACUCGACCAUAAACAAAACUCUAUUUCAACGGAAACAUACUCAGAAAAGUCUGACAGGGGAUGGCAAAAAUCGGACAUCAAGUUUUCGGGACUCGCACACCCACAUGAGACGAUUUUACGACAAAACCCGAAGAACUACGAGCCCAAACAAGAUUUUGAGGAACUUUCAAAGCCUCAUAAAAUAACCAGCACCAUCGCUGCACUUGCAACGAUAGCUUUUUGCAUCAUUCUACUACUCUACGUGAAACUGCGAUGUGCCAACAUGAUCGAUCAUGUGGUUGGAUUCGCACUUCCAGACGAACACGCUGACGACAACUACGAGAUACCGAACUGGUACUGA